UCUCCUGGAAACCCACCAAGAUCCUCCAACUUCUGACACCAUGGUCGACUCCUGUUGUGGCUCCGUGUGCUCUGACCAGGGCUGCGGCCAAGACACCUGCUGCCGCCCCAGCUGCUGUCGGACCACCUGCUGCAGGACCACCUGCUGCCGCCCCAGCUGCUGCAUCUCCAGUUGCUGCCGCCCCAGCUGCUGUGUGUCCAGCUGCUGCAGGCCCCAGUGCUGCCAGUCUGUGUGCUGCCAGCCCACCUGCUGCCGCCCCAGCUGCUGUCGGACCACCUGCUGCAGGACCACCUGCUGCCGCCCCAGCUGCUGCAUCUCCAGUUGCUGCCGCCCCAGCUGCUGUGUGUCCAGCUGCUGCCGGCCCCAGUGCUGCCAGUCUGUGUGCUGCCGCCCCAGCUGCUGUGGGACCACCUGCUGCCGCCCCAGCUGCUGCAUCUCCAGUUGCUGCCGCCCCAGCUGCUGUGUGUCCAGCUGCUGCCGGCCCCAGUGCUGCCAGUCUGUGUGCUGCCGCCCCAGCUGCUGUGGGACCACCUGCUGCCGCCCCAGCUGCUGCAUCUCCAGUUGCUGCCGCCCCAGCUGCUGUGUGUCCAGCUGCUGCAGGCCCCAUUGCUGCUGCCCCUGCUGCCGCCUGCGUCCAGUCUGUGGCCAAGUCUCCUGCCACACCACUUGCUAUCGUCAAAUCUGUGUUAUCUCCACCUGCCCCCACCCCAUGUGCUGUGCCUCCUCUUGCUGCUGAGCCUGCUUGCUCUGGCUCACCUCUCCCUUCACUGCUGGCCCACAGAUGUAGACCCUUGUACUGUGCUAACCAUUAGGACACAUGGAGUGGGAUUGAUGUCAUUCAAUAGGAUGGACUUCAUGUUUCCAAUGAGCCCAUUACAAUUUCACUGAUUCCGUGAGAACAUUCUAAUUCAUUUUAAACUCCCUCCCUUGCUUUCUUUUAUUUCCAGUGGUGGCAACAAGUAUAAAUUAAUUGUAAUCCACUAGCUAUGAAAUUAUUCCAAUCCUCUAAAUUCCUCAUAUUCUUUAUCACUUUGAGGCAAUAGAUUCUCCUUCUCAGUGAGGUAGACAUUAAAUUCCGGACCAGUAUUGCCACUGAUGUUAUGCCCCCAGAACCAGCCAUCCAGUUAUAUUGUUUUCCUCUGAGUGUGACUUUCUUAUGCUUUGUUGCAUCUCUGCUUUCUAAUAAACUUUUCUGCACAUAAGAA